AUGUCGCCUCCAUUGUUGAAGACCGUUCGUACAUUGAAGGAUUCCACAUUUGAAGCUUGUGCCCGCAUCAGUGCCCAUCUGAAGGCAUCUGCAUCUGCAUCUGGAACCGCAGAGAACGGAGCCAGAGCUGGCAGAAAUGACCUCAAACCCUUGACCAUCGAGUUAAGGCUUCUUGGAGGCACACUUUAUAGUCUCGAGUCCCUCAUCGUCGAGUUGUCUGUGGACAAUGAUGCCGCCGACAGCACACUGGGUAUCACCCCUAGCGCGUCUGGAUCAGAAAAUGACCCUUCACAAGAAUGGCCAAUUAUCGAUGGGUAUGAGAUACUCCUCACUGCCAUAAAGUCCUUUCAUCAUCUCGCCACCUCUGAUGGGAUUAAAGCCGCUAGAUCAUCACUCCAGGACAUCCGAUCCAAAUUAGCGUUUGUGCUCGGAAUCUCAGACACCCUUGAGGAUAUCUCGCUUCGGCUCACUCUACUCGAAUCAGAACCACUGCCCCAACUUCUGGUGCAGAAGGAAUACGACCCAGAGGCUAUCGAGUCACCUGUGCAGGCCCCCUAUGACGAUGAGCAGGGUGAAGCUAGACCCGAAGAUGUUUCCGCUUGGCUAAAUAUCUUGAAUUCGCCUGAAAAUGAUCGCGAACCUGCAGAAUACAACAAAGAGAUCACAUUAGUCCAAUCACGCCGCAUAACAGAGCCAGCAUAUAGAAUAGCGGCUACAAGAUGGCCAAAUUACGCAGAGAUUUACUGGCAAAAGCUUCGACCUCAAGUCUGCUCCCUGUUUCGUGUCCAAAAGUCGUACAACUUUGUACAGUGGGUUCUUGAGUAUGCCAGGGAGACUUACCCUCGAACAUUCGGCACGAUGGCCCUUUCGCCAAGGUGUCUUCUCGAGCUGACUGAUGCGCUCUGUAACGGAUCUGUCUUGCCACUUCAUAUUGCUGCUGCCCUCGGGUUGCCUAACCUGUGCAGAGACCUGCUUUCAAUGGGCGCCAACGUCAACCAGCCCGGUCUUCUCGGCACGCCACUAUAUUGUGCCCUCGUAGGCAGCAAGGUUCUUAUCACCCGUACAGAGCCAGUAUCGUGGCCGACUCUUCUCGUUGGUAACGACUCUGAUGUCGAUCAGGCGGCGACUAUCCUAUUGCUUGUCGAAAAUGGCGCAGAUUGCUCGUUUCGGUAUUCUUGGAAAGAUGCCGCUGAAGAGGUAUCACUCGCAGGUUUGGCCUUUUGGGCUGCAAUGAAGACCAAACAUGAAGCAAUCUUUACAAACAUCAUCAAAGGAUAUGCAAAUGCCACUCAAGGCAAAGGGUCCACUGACAUCGCCAAAGGAGACGCACUAGACUCUUCUUUUUGUCUCCUUUUACAGCGAGAACCUGUAGUCAAACGUGGUCUGCUUCAUCGAACUCGAUUUGCGCGCUUGCUCACAUACGUCUAUGACUUGACAUUGGUCGGCAUUGAAACAGAGUCCACAGAGCAUAACUGGCUCCAAGAACUGGUUGCUCGACUCAUGGUGCAUGCCAACAUUAAGCUUUCCCCCGUGGGUGACGGAAAGGUGGACACAUUGAAAGACAGCAACUUUGCUGCUGCCGUUCGGACGGCCGUUUUGGACUUUAAUGUGAUUUUGGUGGAUCGUCUGAUCAAAGACCCAAGGUUCUCUGCCGACUUCAAACACGAUAAGGAAGAGACGCUUCUCCACAUGGCUGCUGAGUCUGCACAGAACGAGAUUCUGGAAAUGCUUAUUGAAGCCGGGGCUGAUACCAGAGCCAGAGACUCAAGUGGUCGCACACCACUCAUGGUCUGUAACGAAGUUAGUCCUAUGGCCAAGCUGAUUCUCGAGCACGGUGUACCGACUUUUGAUAAGGACAAUGGCGGCCGCAACGUUUGGCACUACUUCGCCGCAACUAACGAAGACGACAUACUCAAAUUCCUGUGGGAUAACGAUCCUUACAAGAUACGCAACUUGAACGCCGUCGAUGAACAAGGGCGUACGCCACUACAGGCAGCGUUUGCUCACGUUGAGGCUCUUCAGCAAUCUCCCAAGACCUCCACGUCCGCCGCACCGUUUGCAGCUUACUUUCUGCUCGAGAAAAGCCAAGGGUAUAUACGAGCGGAGGGCAAUGAGAACCUGGCUCGAUGGGCUGUUGAAUGGGGUAAUCUGGGACUGGUACGACAGCUGUUCCAUCUCUUUCCCCAGGCUAACGUGAAUGAUGAAUUACUCCUCAAGUCACUUAACAUGUCGGCUUCACCGGAGUUGGUCUCAUUGGUACUUGACAGGGCUGGGCCCUCUCGGCCAUUCGCUGACGGCACAACGGCAGCAGAGACAGUCAUCGCAAAUGUCAAGCUCUUGAAGGAAGGUCGAUUGACUCGUAACCCGUCGUCACAUCCUUCCUGCGCCCCAAGCAUGACACGCAGCGCUUAUAUGAAGCUUCUUACGCCUGAAGUCAUCAAAUCGCGAGAUUCAAAGGGGCGAGGUAUUUGGCUGCGGUUCACACAGGAUAUCCUCCCAUUGAUGAGUACUAAUGCGCUUGCACAACCUACAUCCCUCUAUUUCCUAUCCUCUUUCAUGUCCAUGGCUGUAUCCUGCUUGGUCGACGUGGGCGCCCUCGCAGACUACGAAAACGAGAACAAAAAAUGGGCUAUCAGCUGCAUCGCGACGAAAGGGGCUGACAUGCCACCGGAAUGGUACCAUUGGCACAUGUCGUUCGUCGCCACUAUCUUGGUCGGCUGGUUGUCCGAUAGGGAUCGACAGGGCAUCGAACUCGGCAUCAAGGGCUUCUUCAACGAGGACGAGGCGGGGCAUCUGCUGUGGAAGCUCGUUAGCUUCCGCAUGCCAGAAGUCGUCCAACUGCUCGUCCAAUGUGGCUGCGACGCGCACAAGCCUCGACGGGCCCUCGAUGGCAGAUCGGUUUUCGAGAAAUUCCUAGCUGAUCAGCCUAUUGAUGUGAGCAUGAUCCGGCCCCUGUUGUUCGGCACGACGCAUCAUCAGCUUAGGCGGCGACAACAGUAUAUAUUCACGGAGCUCGUCCGGGUAGCUGAUGAAACGGUCUCUGUGGAGGUUCUCGAGCAGCUGAUUAAUGAGGGAUUGGAUGUUGAUGGCUUGGAAAUACCUGCGUAA